GAUGUGGGUAUUGAAAGUGGAUUUGUAGCAUUUUUUGAUAAUAUUGAAAAACCAAAAAUUGUAUCAUCUUCAUUUCUUUAUAAUGAUAAUAAUGAAACUAAAGACAAUGAUAGUUUUGAUACUGAUGAUUAUAAUGAAGAAGAUGAGAAAAAUAAUAAAGAGUAUGAACAAAAUAGUGAAAGGAUGAGUUGUGAAUAUGAUGAAGAUAUGAAAUUUGCUAUACCAUUUUAA